UCACAGUCUUGCAAUCUACACCCAUAAUUUUCAGGUGAGUGUGUUUUCGGGUGAAGGCAAGCCCCGUAGGUGACAGUCAGCAGGUUAGGGGUGUUGCAACAGUAUUGUGUCAGCUUAGGAGAGGCCAGGGGCAUUAAUUCCAUCUACAAGUUUGAACAAGAGCAGCCCCAUUACGAAAACCAUGCGGAUUUACUAAGCAGCUGACUCGAUCCCAGUCUGGUUGCUCCACCUCCAUCUCCUCCUUCAAGUUUAGACCUAAAUCUAACUGAGGUCGCAGCCGCAGAUCUGUGAAGCCACUAGUCAAGCAGUUUCUCAAGAAGAGGAAGCAGGGGAAGCAGGCGGUGUGUGCGUGUGCAGACAGAGCCAAACAGAAAAGUUACAAUGGCUGACAAUAAAAUGGGUCCAAAUCUCCAGGCUGGGGCAGGAUUUCUUGCGAGACGGGUCCAGAAAUCCCUAAACAGAGCUCAAGAGAAGGUUCUUCAGAAAUUGGGUAAAACAAUGGAGACUAAGGAUGAACAUUUUGAGUUAUGCUCCCAGAACCUCAACAAGCAGCAGACGGAUGGAGUGAGAUUGUUCAAAGAUGUUAAGGCCUAUUACGCAGCUGUGAAAGCUGUACAUGAAACAUCAAAGAAACUAUCCCAGACAUUAAGAGAUGUCUAUGAGUCAGACUGGGAUGGAUUGGAAGACCUUGCUGUCAUUACUGAUAGCGAAGACUUACUGUGGAAUGAUUUUGAGGAGAAAAUAAAUGACCAACUUGUCCGCACAAUGGAGAACUACACAAGUCAGUUUCCAGAGGUUAAGGAAAGGGUUGCCAAACGCGGUCGUAAAUUAGUAGACUAUGAUUCUGCUCGACAUCAUUUGGAGGCUCUUCAAAGUGCCAAGAAGAAGGAUGAUGCCAAAAUAACUAAGGCAGAAGAAGAGUUCAAUAAAACCCAGAGUGUCUUUGAGGAGAUUAAUAACGAGCUGAGAGAAGAACUGCCAGAACUCUAUCAGAGUCGGAUUGGCUGCUAUGUGACCGUCUUCCAAAACAUAUCCAACCUCAGAGACGUCUUCUACAAAGAAACGAGUGUGCUAAACCGUGACUUGUACAACGUUAUGAAAAAACUUGAGACCCAGCAUUCAGGCAAAGCCUUUAUUGUGAAGGGUCUGGACACCGCAACAAGCAAGUCAAAGAAGAAAAGAUCACUGGUUAUAUCCAAUCCCAUUCCAUGUAACACUGCCUUCCCAGCUGACCACGUGUCCAUCCACUCCAACGGCGCUGACACAUCUUCCACGUCGAGCCAGCAGUCUCAAAAUGUCACAGAAGAACAGGGAGAAGACAGUGGUUCUUCAUCUAAAGACGUGCACUCCUCAGACUCAGACCUCAGCUCCAGUGGCAGCAACACGCCUCAAAGACGGUCCGUGUGCGAUCAUGAGAACAGUGACAGCAGCAGCGGGAAUCACUCUAUAACAGAAGUACAAGCAGGUGCAGAAUCAGAACUACCCACCAAUCAAUCACAGGACACAGAGGAAGAAGCACCGACAAAUACGGAAGUGAGUCAAGAGGUAGCCACUGAGUCUACAGAUGGUGAUGAUCCACAGAGUCUCUCACAGGACAAUGUUUGCGAUGUGCCAGUGGAGCAGCCCAAAGCCAAACCACCACCAGUUCCAGCUCCACGCCUGUCCUUUCGUAGGGCAGAGAGACCCCCACCAAAGCCUGAAACACAGGAGCAGCUUGACCAAGAAGACCCCCCAAAUCCACCAGAUUUUUUAUACAAGGCAGUGGCGCUAGAGAGCCAUGCAGCGAGUGAAGACGGCCAUCUCCAGUUUGAUGAGGGAGAUGUGAUUCUAGUGCUGUCUGGCUCUCAAGAGGACGGCCUGCUGAGGGGAAUCCAGGAGGAGAGAUGGCUUCAGCACAGAGAUGUACAGAGUCACGCAGGGCUCGUCUCCGAGAAACUCCUAAGGCCUGUACAGCCUGAAUAGUACAGCCUGUACAGUCUGUUUUCUGUUCUUCAGAAACGCAUAGACAAGAGCAAGAGUGAAUGGUAUUAGGAAAACUGGACUGGGCAGAUGUCAUUUUUUAAAUUUAAAGCUUGUUGAACAAAUGUCAAAGAUCAAUUUAUAUGAAAUACUGUGAAACUGUUUUUAUAAACCUAUAUAUGCACCUAUAAUAAAGUUGUAUGAUUUUUAUUUUUUUGUU